GUUGGUGAGUCGAAAUCGUCGACAUUUCGUCGCUUGUGUUUGUGUUUUUCAGUUUGGUGGUGGGGGAGAGUGAGCGGAGUGGGAUAAUUGCUGAAUUUUCGUUUUGUAGCUGUUUUUGAAUGAAAUAUCUUAGAUCAGCAAUCUUUACAGCUUCUUUAGGUGGAGAUGGUCAUGUUGAGUUUAAAGUUGAGAUGGUCAAACUAAAAGAUUAAAGCAUUAAUUAAGUCAAAUAUGAACACAAAUGGAGGUGGUGCUGCUGUGACGCCUGCCGAUUCCUGGAGAUCCCCCUCACCGCGGCGCCAUGCUGUUCGGCCGCGAGCGGCUGCUGUCGCCGACACAGCUGCAGAAUCUCGACCAGCACAAGUACAGCUGCCAGAGUGACAGCGUGCUCGACCCGUACAUGCAGCCCUGGUGGAACUGGCUGGUGGGCCGGUGUCCGCUGUGGCUGGCGCCCAACCUCAUCACGCUGGCCGGCCUGGCCGUCAACAUCGCCACCACGCUCAUCCUUGUCUACUACAACCCGGACGCCAAGGGAUCGACCCCGCAGUGGGCCUGUCUGUUGGCCGGACUGGGCCUGUUCAUCUACCAGAGUCUGGACGCCAUCGACGGCAAACAGGCGCGCCGCACGGGCUCCUCGUCCCCGCUCGGCGAGCUGUUUGACCACGGCUGCGACUCCGUGUCCGUAGUGUUUGUAGUGGUGGGCGUUGCCACCAUGACCAGUAUGGGAGAGUCGCCGAUGAUGAUGUUUGUCGUCUGCUUCACCGCCAUCGCGCUAUUCUACAUCGCCCACUGGCAGACCUUUGUCUCAGGUACGCUGAAGUUUGGCAAAAUUGACGUGACGGAGGAGCAGUUUUGCGUCAUCUCGCUGUACGUGAUCGGCGCUAUCUUCGGCUCCGACAUCUGGAACAUGGAGAUCCGACUGUACGGGGGUCUGACGGUGCCGCUCAAGAUGGUCCCCUUCUCGGCGACGGUGGGCGCCGCCGCGCUGCACGUCCACCAGUACUUCGGGCGCAUCAUGCGCGGCGGUAUCGGCAAAAACGGCUCCACGGUGGCCGGCACGUCGGUGCUGUCUCCCAGCAUCCCGUUGGCGCUGGUGGUCGUGCCGGCGUUCGUCAUCUACAGGAAGUCGCUGCAGCACGUCUACGAAACGCACCCGGUGCUGUACGUCAUAGCGUUCGCCACGGUGGCCUCCAAGGUCACCUGUAAAUUGGUGUUGGCACACAUGACCCGGUCGGAGCUCGAGUACUCGGACUCGUCCAUGAUCGGGCCGGCGAUGCUGUUCCUGAACCAGUACUUCAACACAUACUUCCAGGAGUACUACGUGCUCUGGGUCUGCUUGAUCUGGGGUCUGGUGGACUUCCUCGACUACUGGCGCAAGAUCUGCACAGAGAUCUGCGACCACAUGGGCAUCUACUGCUUCCGCAUCAAGCAGCAGUCUGCGGCGGCGGCGGCGGCGGCGCCAGCGGCUGGCCCAGGUCGCUGGGACUCGGCCGCCAAGGUGCCUCUGCUGCGGUCCAGCCGCUCGCCCAGCCGCGACUCCACAGAGUCCCUCCGUGAGGUCGCCUGCGACACCCCGCCCCGCAAGGACACGUGACCUGACCCGUGGGGACCGCACCGGAGCACGUGACGGGUCGCCCUGGCUGUGCGAGAGAACGCCUAUCCUCUCGGUGAGUUUCGAGAAAUCGAUCUGGAGCAAGAUCGCUGAGAUUUCGUCGGAGAUUCUGCGUGAAACGCGUAAUGGCGCGACCAUUCGUAUGGGUGGUUGUAAAGCAGAUUGAAAUGCUAUUGGUGUUGUAACGUUUUUCAGUUGAUGUUCCAUAACCCAUUGUCGCCGGGUCUCUAUUUUCGAUAAGGAGAUUUCCCAGAAGAUUGUUAAUCUCACUCUCCCCCUAGGUGGUUAUUCGGCACCUCGUGCCUCCAUUGUCUUGUAUAUAGUCACAAGCCGCACCAAGAGCCGCUGCGCGAAUAAGAUGUAAGCAGUUUGCAUUCAUGAACCUAUGUAAAGAUAAGCUUUUAAGAAUAAGCUUCUAAGAAGCUGGCUUCAAGGCAAUACGCUGCACCAUUUCGCAAUGCUAGUUUAUAACUAAUCGCAAUGUCCGUGAUUGUGGAGUUGUUCUUUUAUAUUGUUUGCUAUAGCUAGUUCGAUAGAUGUUCUGACCAUGGCACACUGCUGGGUUGCUGGAGGGGUCUGGCACCCAACAUUUGCUUGCUCGCGGUACUUCAGGUUUUUUACGCUCAUUUGUGCAUUGUUUGUUAAAUUUCAACAGAACGACAAAAACUUUGGCUAGUCCGUUAAGCCUUUGACUGGUCUAUCCGUCGUUAUCAGCUCUGUUCCCAGUGCACCAAUUAAUUGUACACCAUCAAAUAUUGCUUACUACACGAUAGCUCAAAGUAUUCAUUAUUUAUAUAUAUAUAUAUUCAGAAUAUAGAGAAUCGCUUGCUAGUAGGUAGGUCAGUCAUGUUUUGUACAGUACAAUAUGCACAUCCCAACAACGAAUCCUUUUAGAAGGGAGCCAGUAGAGCGUAGGAGGCAGCUUACCGUUUCGGUGGCGCGGUAGCUUUCUCGAGCUUCACAUUCUUAUCUGUCCGCGGGCGGAACUGAACCUUCCGUGUGGCCACUCUUGUUUUAUGGUGGCUAUUCUUCCAUAUCAGCUUUAAUAUGUUGCAAGUUGCUCUUUGCCGCGUGAGGUAACGGCGUCGUGAAUAGGUUGUCCGCUGUAACCGGUUGUCACGAAGUUAUUGUGUUCUCCAGGGUGACUGUGCCUUCUCAGUUUUUGCUUUUCUGAACAAAUACACAUUACUUUUUA